AUGCCUGCCUCCCGCCACCUGGGCCUGUCCCUCGCCUUGUUGGCCUUCCUGGCGGCAUGCCAAUGCGCCCCGUUGGAGGACAAUGAAACAACCAUCCAGAUGAAGGGCUCCGCCGCCAUGGCCCGCGGGCGGCGCACGGUGCCGGACAGCCAGGUUGCUGCGGCGGCGGCCAGUGCUCGCGAGGUGGCCGGCUACUUCACCGAGGCACGGGUGGUGAAGCUGAUGCAGAAGAACCCGCUGCUCAUCCCGCCCUCCCUGGCCAAGCCCAUGGGCAAGACACGCGCCGCCGCAUGCAAGGAGGUCCGCCUCAUGGGGCUGUCCCGCAAGGUCAAGGUUGCCAUGUGCAACAGCACCAUCCCCUUCCCCACCGCCUCCGCCAUGGCCCACCUGGAGAUGGAGCGUAAGCUCAAGCGCAUGGUGCCUCUAGGUAAAGGUAAAGUACCCCCCACUAGUAGUGAAUGGGUCCCGGGGAGGCCUGUGCCGAAGCCUUGGCGAUUCUAUUAG